AUGCAGCAAAACCCGUGGGGCCAGCAGUACUCGCUGCCGCUCCAGCGACCCCGUGUCAGCCCCGACUCGAGACCACACUCCGUCCACGCGCUCUCCUCGCCAACCUUCACCGCCCAGCAGAAUAUCGACCAAAAUCGAACGCCGCGAGGGUCAUGGCAAGGCCUUGGAGUGCUGCCAGAAGCGGCGGACAGGAGGUUGUCCCGUGACGACACCACCACCAACAUAUCCGAGUGGAUGAUACGAUCAGAAGCACCGUCUCGAGCAAACAAUGGCGCGCACCUGCACCCCUCUGAAAGUCAGCCAGUGAGGAUAGGCGAGCAUGGGCUUCCCAUGUCGGCGGACGUGGCGGCCGAGGCGGACAAGAUAAGGGCAGAGCGGGCACUGCGAACGUCCGCAUUCAAGCUGGAGAAUAUCCCUGCCGUACCCGAAGGAGUCACAACCGUCAAGAGCCACUCGCUUGGGCGGAGAUUUUCGAGGACAGCCAGAGAGCGCGUGAACGAUGUCAGACAGAGCAUGCCAUGGUCCGGCAAGGCACGGAGAGCCAGCACACCUCAGGGUGUGGAUACGUGCAAGCAUGUGCCCAAGGGAUCGGGCGUGCCUGUGCCGCCCACGUCACCCUCCAAGCGCAACGGCAAUGGCAUCCACGAGGGUGACCGACCUGCCAAACUCAAUCGCCAUUUCUUCAAGCAAACCGACCGCAAGGACACGCCUGCCCCGGCUGCUGCAUUUGGUGGGCUUGUACGACCGGCGUCGCGCUCUACAGCUUCCGCAAUUGCAAUGUCGGUGACUGGUGGAGAACGUGCGAGGCAGGCAGCUGCCGCCUCCAAGAACUUCCCACACUGCGGCGAGAACACCUGGGCUGGACAAGACGACCUCAACGCCCGGCGGAGUCGUCUCGGUUCUCUUAGCAGUGCAGCAGAUAGCGGUGCAGACCUAUCAUCAUACGCAGGCUCGGAUGCGUCGGCCAAAGACAUAGACGGCGAUAUUGCUAUGGACACCACCAUUGACGAACGCCUUCGGGAUCCACUCGUUACCAUACUACCCAGCGAGAUCAGCCUCCAGAUCUUCGAGUAUCUGGACGCCAAAGACCUCGUCAACUGCGAGCUCACCAGCCCUACCUGGAAGGCACUCGUUUCUGAGACGUCGGUCUGGCGCUCAGCCUUCCUCCGCAAAUACGAGCGACAGGUCUACACCGACCCACCACCAAUUCAAGUUGGAGGGGCCGGCGCAGGAAGACCGAACAAGCCGAAUCAGCAAUGGAAGAGAAUGUACAAGGCAAGGACACUGCUGGACAAGAACUGGACACAGGGACCGGCGGGUGCGGGCAAAGCCGUAUAUCUCUCCGGCCACACCGACAGCGUCUACUGCGUGCAGUUUGACGAGGAGAAGAUCAUCACAGGCUCGCGCGACCGCACCAUCCGUGUCUGGGACAUCAACAACUUCACAUGUCAGCGGGUCAUUGGGGGUCCUAACGUCAAGCCUAUUCCUGGCCCGAAGGUCCUCCGCACGGUCGACUACCCUGACUUUCACCUUGCCACUGCCAGCGUCAACGGCACAGCAUACGGCCACACCAUCUACCACGUGCCCAGCCAAUGGCACGAUGCCUCCAUUCUUUGCCUGCAGUAUGACGAGAAAAUUCUCGUCACUGGCUCCUCGGACUCCGACCUCAUCGUCUGGGAUAUCAAGACAUACGAACCGAUCAAGCGUCUUAGGAAGCACACCGGCGGCGUUCUGGAUGUCGCCCUCGACGCCAAGCACAUCGUCUCCUGCUCAAAGGACUCCCGUAUUAUCGUCUGGGACCGGGAGACGUACGAAGCCAAGGGCGAGCUCAGUGGACAUAGAGGUCCAGUGAACGCUGUGCAGAUGCGCGGCAAGUACCUUGUUAGCGCCAGCGGCGACGGCAUCGCACGUUUGUGGGACCUGGACACCAUGAAGCUCGUCAAAGAGUUCUCCGCCAAGGAGCGCGGUCUCGCGGCUGUUGAGUUCAGCGAGGACAUGAAAUACGUGCUCGCCGGCGGCAACGACACCAUCACCUACAAAUUCGAAACCGAUAGCGGCAAGGAAGUCAAGCAAUUCACUGGCCACUCCCAGCUCGUCCGCUCCCUCUGGCUCGACAGCGCCAACAACCGCGUCGUCUCGGGUUCCUACGACCUCGACAUCCGCGUCUACGACUUCACCACCGGCGCCGAGAUCUGGCGCGCCGACGAAUGGACCACCUCGUGGAUGCUCGCCGCGAAAUCCGACUACCGCCGCAUCGUCGCCACCUCCCAAGACGGCCGCAUCCUGAUCAUCGACUUUGGCCUCAAGAAAUGCCGCACCCCCGACGACGGCCAGCCGAUCGAGGGCGUGGACCUGCUGCGCAGCACGGACAACAGCAACGCCAUCGAGUGGCGGGAUCCCUGGGAAUCCACCCGCCUCCGCGACGAGAGGGUCCGGCUACAGAGGGAGCAGUAUCAGCAGCAGCUGCUAGAGCGGAUAUCGUAG